AUGCGAAGACUACGUGGACAGUCCACUUACUACAACGACUACUGCUCCUACCUGUCGCCAGAAUUCAAAACGCGUCCCUUUGUACCUCGUGUCAAGAAGAAGAGACCGUGUGUGGACAAAGGUCCCGAAGGAAAAGAAGAGGAAGCACCACAGCCACAGCAACAACAGAAGCUGGCGAUCAAGGAUACGGAGCUUAUGAAGAUAGCAAAGGAACUUUAUGAGCCAGAUAUGGAUAGACCUACUUUGGAGCCUUUGCCGACGCACUUAAGGAUUGCCGGGUACGUCCGUCCGUCAUUGUACCGUACGGGCAUCAGCGACUACCAGGGCGGUAUAGCUCGGCUGGCGUACGAGAUGGUGCGCGACGACCGAAUCCCGCGCUACCAUGCGCACAACGGUUGCCGCCCUCGGUGGGGCUUACCGCCUGAGGGCACCAGGCAACCGGAGCUAGAUGGCGCACCUUACGACGGCGAAAGGCUUUACUAA